CUCCUUACGCAGCUUCCUAUGACGCACUAGAUUUUUAAAAUAUUAUUGUCCUUCUCAGUGAUGGCGGCUUCGUUUCCUUCUGCUUCUGCAGCCAACAACAAAUGGUAUUUUACCCGGGAAGAGAUAGAAAAUAGCCCGUCUCGGCGUGCGGGACUUGAUCCCGACAAGGAACUGUCCUAUAGACAACAGGCCGCCAAUCUACUGCAGGACAUGGGACAACGGCUCAAUGUGUCCCAGCUGACCAUCAACACUGCCAUUGUGUAUAUGCAUCGCUUCUAUAUGAUCCAGUCCUUUACUCGUUUCCACAGAAAUGUGAUAGCCCCAGCCACCCUAUUCCUGGCAGCGAAGGUUGAGGAGCAGCCCCGCAAGUUAGAGCAUGUGAUCAAAGUGGCCCAUGCUUGCCUUAACCCUCAGGAUCCCUCACCAGACACCAGGAGUGAUGCUUACCUGCAACAAGCUCAGGACCUGGUCAUUCUGGAGAGCAUCAUCCUCCAGACUCUCGCGUUUGAAAUUACCAUAGACCAUCCGCACACCCAUGUUGUCAAGUGCACACAGCUUGUAAGAGCGAGUAAGGACUUGGCUCAGACAUCGUAUUUCAUGGCUACCAACAGCCUGCACUUGACCACCUUCUGCCUGCAGUACAGCCCCCCCAUCGUGGCCUGUGUGUGCAUCCACCUGGCCUGCAAGUGGUCCAACUGGGAGAUCCCAGUCUCCACUGAUGGCAAGCACUGGUGGGAGUAUGUGGACCCGACUGUAACCCUUGAACUCUUGGACGAGCUCACUCAUGAAUUCCUGCAAAUCUUAGAAAAGACACCGAGUCGUUUGAAGCGGAUCCGUAACUGGAAAGCUGCAGGGCAGACUGCUAAGAAGGCUAAAGUGCAGGAGGAAGGAGACCAAACUGAAGCAAUGAUGAGCAUGAUAUCCAUGGCAUCCUCAGAGAGUACACUGGCUGGCCUGAUGAGUCUUUCUGCCCCCUCAGCUACCUCAUCAUCUUCUCUUGCUGCCCCGUCACUGGAGGAGAAGGAACGCGGUGCCGUGACUGGGUCCCAGAACUGGCAGUCCAGUGGCAAGGCACACGGUGGUUCCGAGAUGGGGGCAGUGCCACAGACCCUACAUGUUCCUGCCAAGGUGUCUCUGAGUGAGUAUCGCACCAAGAAUGCCGAUGUGCUAGCGGCACAGAAGCGCAAGUUGGAGAACAUGGAGGCCAGCCUGAAGAGGGACUAUGCCUCUGCUGCACAAGCCCUCAUUGGUCAGCAGAGAAAGGAAAAGUACCAGCAGCAGUCUAGCUCACACAAUCCAGCUGCUACCACCUCUGAAAUCAACAGUCCCUCUCACAUCAUUCUCAAAAUUCCCCUGGAAAAGGAGCGCCAAGACCGCAACUCUUUGAAGAUGCGCCUCCCGCUAGCGGGAGGGGGUGGACAUGGCACGGGACAUGGUACUGGGCAUAGCACUGGACAUGGCGGUGGACAUGGCACUGGACAUAGUGGCGGACAUGGUGGUGGGCAUGGUACUGGACAUGGUGGUCCUGGACAUGGUAGCAGUGGACUUGUGCAUGGUGGAGGAGCUGGACAUGGUGGAGGAGGAGUUGGGGCCAGUGGUGGAGGAGGUGCUGGGAACAGGACGAUUGACGACUUUAAAGUCCGGAUCCGAGUUCCAGACAGGCGCUCAGGCCAGGCAGAAGAAGGAAAAAGCAGAGAGAAGCACAGAGAGCGUUCUAAUCACCAUCACCACCAUCAUCACCAUCACCACUCGUCCGCCAGUGGUGGCUCUUCUUCCUCCUCCUCCUCCUCCUCACAUAAACACUCAGGCAGCGGCAGUGGCUUGGUUGGGACCAGCAAAAAAUCAGGGGACUCUUCUCGGACCAGCUUGUCGUCUUCCUCCUCUUCGCGAAAAAGGCCUCACUCCUUGGAGCCGUCCCUUGCCUCACACCCCUCCAAGCCCAGCAAGUCCUCGAGGACUUCCUACCAGCUACCCCUUUUGCCAGCUCCCGGUGGCCACUCUCUGGGGCUCGGCUCCGAUGGGCUGCACUCCGUGGCUCUACCCCACCACCAGGGGGCUUAUUCUCACUCCAAGGCAGACAAGGCUGACACUAAUGGGCACAGCACAGGUGGAGGCAGCCAGUCCAACGAGUACCAGGACACGUUUGAUAUGCUGAACUCUCUGCUGAGCGCCCAGGGUGUCCAGCCGUCGCAGCCCGUGUUUGACUACCGGUCGCAGUAUGGUGAAUACAGAUACCCCAGUGGGCAGCGAGGCAGUAGCUCCCGUCCCCCUCCCCUCCCUGCAGAGCCCCCCCCGCCACUGCCUCCUCUCCCGAAGUGAUGGGACCGAGUGGCUGUGACUCAGAAGGCUCUGGUGCCGUUUUUCUUUAACUCGUGUUUUGUGGUUCUCAACUUGACAGCAUAGAAAUGUACAACUUACACCCUUAGUUCAUUCAAAGUCUCCAGUUUCCUUACUGUUUUUAUGCUUUUGUCUGUGCUUUCUUUCCCGUACUGGUUUUCUUUCCCAUCAGCUGGGCAAUAACGACUAAAAUGCAAGGAAGAAAAGAGAGAAGGAAUAAAAUCAGUUAUGAAUUAGAUGAUGUAAAUAUUAUUUAGAUGUCAUUCUGGUUGAGUUGUAUUGCAUUAUUUGUAUUGAAAUCUUAGUAGAUUGGUAGGGAACCAGUGUUUGUUUCUACUGUUGAAUUGAAAUAAGAAAAACUGAUAUUUGUAUAAAUUCAAUGGAAGUAUUGAGUGCAUGGGGAAAUUUUAAAGUCCUGUUUGCUCGCUGAAAGAUUUAUUUGUAUAACUCUGCUAAUGUUGUUUUAAUAGUCAUGAAAUGGUUUCAGAAUAUUUUUCAAAAAAGUAUUUUUAUUUCUUUAAAUACGUAGCAAUUAUUGCUUUUAGGGUUAUGGAAACCUUAAUUUUUCCCUUACUUUUUCCACACCUUUUCCACAACGUAUAGACUAUAGUCAAAGUUUAAAUGAGAUCCUGGUGCUCGGCAUAUUCCUGAUAGUCAUAUAUAAACAAUAUUUAAUGGAUUUUACCAGUUUUUAUUUUGUAAAUAUUUAAGAUAAAAGCAAGGUCAAUGCUUUAUAUCAUGUACAUGUGAAAACAGAAAAGUGAAUAUAAA